AUGAAACCCCUGAAUGGGAGCUACAACCUUGCAGAAAACUUGGAGGAGGCAGAAAAAAAAACUUGCUUCAUUGUCUGUGCUUGUACACAGCAAAGGCGGCACCGGUCCAGCAUGAAAUCAGCCUUUGUUUUGCUGACUGCGUUGGUAGCCUUGACAGCCUAUUAUGUGUACCUGCCCUUACCCAGCACAGUGUCGGAUCCCUGGAAGCUCAUGCUGCUGGAUGCCACUUUCAGGGCAACCCAGCAAAUGUGCAACCUGGUUCACUGUCUAAGACUCAGCCAUCACUUGAGAGUUCUGAAUUAUGUGAUUGGUACUUUUGACAAGCUGGAGACGUCAUCCUCUGAACACAUUAAGAUAACAGACGCCCUUUUUGAUGGAGUGGAAGUCAGAGUGUUUGAACCUUCUCCAAAGCAAGACGAAACACUAAAGCGCAGUGUCGUUUACAUGCAUGGAGGAGGAUGGGCUUUGGCAAGUGCAAGAACAAGCUUCUAUAACAAUCUCUGCAGGAUCAUGGCAGAAUCUCUGAAUGCUGUAAUUGUCUCAAUUGAGUACAGGCUGGUACCAGAGGUUCAUUUCCCUGAGCAAUUCUACGAUACUUUACGUGCAACUAAGUAUUUUCUGCAGUCUGACAUCCUAGCUAAAUACUCAGUUGACCCAGGUCGAAUUGCAAUUUCUGGUGAUAGCGCAGGAGGAAAUUUGGCUGCAGCUGUGUGCCAGCAGCUUAGUCUAGAUGACAGUGUGACCAACAAACUGAAGCUGCAGGCUUUAAUCUAUCCAGUCCUUCAGGCAUUGGACUUUAACACUCCUUCAUACCAGCAGAACACUGACAUGCCUGUUCUUCCUCGCUUCGUCAUGGUGAAGUUUUGGAUAGACUAUUUCAAUGGUAACUACGACUUUGCCCCCUCAAUGCUGAUCAACAACCACACUUCCCUGGACGUAAGCCAGGCUGUUUAUUUCAGGGGACGUCUGAACUGGACUUCUCUCCUGCCUUCAAUGUUCAAAAAGAAUUACAAACCUGUGAUACAACCCACAGGGAAGGCCGAAAUCAUCCAGGAAAUACCUGCACUACUUGACAUACGCGCAGCUCCAUUGCUAGCAGAAAAAGAAAUUUUCCAGCUUCAGCCAAAGACCUACAUCCUGACUUGCGAGAAUGAUGUCCUGAGAGAUGAUGGAAUAAUGUAUGCCAAACGGUUGGAGAGCGCAGGUGUGGAGGUCACACUUGAUCACUUUGAUGACUGCUUUCAUGGCUGCAUGAUCUUUACUAUUUGGCCUACCAAUUUCUCUUCAGGACAUCGGACCAGGGACAGCUACAUAAAGUGGCUUGCUGAAAACCUGUGAAGAAAGUGAGUCCUCUCUAGAAGGCACAGAACAGUCAAUCUAAAGCUCACUGCUUCAAAAACAAAAAAGUUGUGCACUUUUAGGCUAUCUAAUUUCAUUUGUUCAAGAUUAUGUCAUAGCGCUUCUGUUGCAAGAAGUAGCGUCUCACUAACUACUUGGUUAAUAGCUGAUUAGCCUUGUCCAGCAUAGCAAUUUGCUAAAUACUUAUUAAACACUGUUGUAUGCAGUGUAGUUGUAGCCAUGUCAGUCCCAGGAUAUUAGAGACACAAGGUGGGUGAGGUAGUGUCUUUCACUGGACCAACUUCUGUGGAAGAGAUUGGUUUUCAUAAAUAGUUAGCACAUAUGCUAAGGGACCAUUUGAGGCAGAGUGGCCCAUUAACACCUCUGCAAAAAGGGGGGGGUUAGUGAGUUACAGACUGUUGUAAUAAGCCAUAAAUCCAGUGUCUCUGUUUAGUCCAUGAUUUUUAAGUGUCUAGCUGAGUAAUGAAUUUAAAUUUCUGAUGCUCAGAGUACCUUUCCCAGACCUGAAGAGCAGCUCUGUGUGAUUCAAAAACUUGAUUCUCUCACCAGCAGAAGUUGGUCCAAUAAAAGAUAUUAACUCAUCUACCUUGUCACACCAUUAAAAACUAAUCAUUUGUAGAUUCAGAUGCGACAUCAAUUGCAACCAUGAUGAAUGAACACUGAGCAGUUCUCCACAAGAAAAUCAGUGUUCCUCAAACUUAUUGGUCAAAUUUUUCAAGUUUGGGUACAUAACAUUAGGUACCAAGGCCACAAUUUUCAGUUAACAGUUUUUUGGUUUUAGGUACUUAAAUAAGGGGAGCCUGAUUUUCAGAGGUGCUGAGUAUUUAAAAAUCCCACUGAAGUCAAGGGAAGCUGUGGUGCUCACCAACUUUGAAAAUCAGGCCACUUAUUUAGGUGCCUAAAUAUAGAUUUAGGUGCUGGCCUUUAGGCACACAGAUUUAUAGGUUUUUUUUUUUUUUAAAAAAACAGUUCCAACUUCAAGGCAUUUUAAGCAUGCUAAGCAAGCCUUUUACCCCAAAAAUGUAACAACUUUGGAAUCUGGGCCUUUUUAAAACAAGCACAGUGCUGGAAAAAAAUGUAAAAAAGAAGGAAGCAUGUGUAGGUCCUUUCUGUUGAUUUUAAUGGACAUUGAUCCUACACACAGACAAAGCAGUGUGCAAGCUUAUAUGUAGGACCAAUGGAAACGCCACCAAAUGCAGAUUCUAUAUGUGAAUUUACAUCUUUAAAGUUGAUUACAUUUUUGGCCAAAGGUUGUGACUAAGCCUGCCUUUAAAAUUUCAGCUUUAUGACCACGUUAGAGAAAAUAUGAAAGUACUAACAAAUAAAAAAGCCCUCUGUGUGGUUUGCACUGAUGUUUGUAUUUAACUUUAACAAUUGUUCUUCACUGAGUCUCUUCUGGGCUUGCAUUACUUCCGUUCAUUGUCUUCCUUGCUUUUUGGAGGAAGUUUCCCCUGUGUAGCAAGCAAAAUCACUAGAGAGGAGCUUGACCCUAAAGUCCAGAUUCAGAUGGAACUAUGCAGCUGGAUCUUCUCUUUCUCAUGUAUUGAACCAAAAUCCCAGACAUGAAUAGCCUGUGCUACUGGGGAAGCAAGCUCUGCAACUUGAGCUCCUCUCUAAAAUAGCCAGACAACCACAACUGAAGUUUUAAGACAAGGACAUGGAAACUACGUACAACAGUGUGUAUUUUGCAAAAUGUUUGUUGUUUUUGUUGUUAUUGAAUGUAAGCUGUGACAAACUGACAAAAGCCAGGAACUUCUAAGCUAAGAAAGCGUGAUGGUCUUGCAACCUACGUCUAGUGCUUUAACUUGGGAUAGUGUCAAGUAUCAGAGGGGUAGCCGUGUUAGUCUGGUUCUGUAGAAGCAGCAAAGAAUCCUG